AAACAUGGCUGCCUUCACGCUUCGGUGCCCCGGCCAAGAUGGCAGUCGCCGAUGAAAGACAUUGGAAGAGCAGGCGGCUUUGUGUGCCCAAAUACAAGACGGCCGCUUGUCUGACUUCACCGCCCACAUCCACAAAGCCGAAUGGUCGCGUUCUCGCGAUAGGUGAAGAAGAGAAUUUAUCCAAAGAUUAAAACUUGAAGCAACACUGAAUGUGCAUGAUGGCUGUGUUGUAUAACUUAAUGAAGAAUGGCCAAUGUGACUGGAAAAACUACCAGCUCCGUAUCCUCGUCGCCACCUAAAUGUGAACUCAGAAAUCUUAUGCUGCUAUGAGAAUGAUCAGCUGCUGUUUGCAGCAUGAAUGUUUGAUGGAUGUGUGCCCCUUGCAUGCUAAUGAAUAAGGAAACCAACAUGCAUGGUGAAUACAAUUUGCUGGAAUGAUACAGGAGAAUAUAUAUUGUCAGGUUCAGAUGACACCAACCUCAUAAUUAGCAAUCCCUACAGCAGAAAGGUUUUAACAACCAUUCGCUCAGGACACAGGGCAAAUAUUUUUAGUGCAAAAUUCUUACCAUGCACCAAUGACAAGCAGAUUGUGUCCUGUUCUGGAGAUGGAGUAAUUUUUUAUACUAAUGUUGAGCAAGAUGCUGAGACCAACAGACAAUGCCAAUUUACGUGCCACUAUGGAACUACCUAUGAGAUUAUGACAGUACCAAAUGAUCCCUAUACUUUCCUCUCUUGCGGUGAGGACGGAACUGUAAGGUGGUUUGAUACUCGAAUCAAAACAAGUUGCACAAAAGAAGAUUGUAAAGAUGAUAUUUUAAUAAACUGCCGACGUGCUGCCACCUCUGUAGCUAUCUGUCCUCCAAUACCAUACUAUCUUGCUGUGGGCUGUUCUGAUAGCUCAGUAAGAAUAUAUGACCGGCGAAUGCUUGGCACAAGAGCAACAGGUAAUUAUGCUGGUCGGGGCACUACAGGAAUGGUUGCACGUUUUGUUCCUCCACAUCUUAAUAACAAAUCCUGCAGGGUAACAUCUCUGUGCUACAGUGAAGAUGGGCAGGAGAUCCUUGUUAGCUAUUCUUCAGACUACAUAUACUUGUUUGACCCUAAGGAUGACACAGCCCGAGAACUUAAAGUUCCUUCUGCAGAAGAGAGAAGAGAAGAGUUACGGCAACCUCCUGUUAAACGUUUGAGACUAAGAGGGGAUUGGUCAGAUACGGGACCAAGAGCAAGGCCUGAGAGUGAACGAGAAAGAGAUGGGGAGCAAAGUCCUAACGUCUCUCUGAUGCAGAGGAUGUCAGACAUGCUAUCAAGAUGGUUUGAAGAAGCUAGUGAAGUUGCGCAGAGCAACCGAGGACGAGGAAGAUCUCGGUCUAGAGGUGGAACCAGUCGACCAGAUGCCUCCAUUAUUAGCAACGUACCACCAAGUGCUGAAUCAGAGACUGCAAUGGAAGUGGAUGGUCCUGAACAGCUUCCAUCCUCUUCAUCCUCUACAAUGUCAGCACAAGCUCCCUCAACAUCUUCCUCAGUAGAAACCCCCCCUUCCACAUCCUUACUAUCCUCUCCUGAUAAUGAACAAAGACCAUCUUUGGAGGCAUCUGCUCAUCCUACACUCCAUCAGUCUGAAUUUUUGGCACCUGAGUUAGCUAUACUCCGUAGGGGCCUGCAGCGACUGAGGCUUAAGAAGGCUGAACAACAAAGACAGCGAGAGCUAGCUGAGGGUUCAGCACCAAAGUCCUCCACCUCUGAUCAGUCUUCCCCUAAGGGCUCCUCACAGGACCCCCAGACUUCAGAUUCUCCUUCCUCUGUGGUUAACAAACAGCUUGGAUCCGUGUCACUUGAUGAGCAACAGGACAGUGAAAAGCAGAGUCCACGAGCAGGAACAGGUGAACCAGUUUUAAGUUUGCACUACAGUACAGAAGGAACUACUACAAGCACGAUAAAAUUGGACUUCACGGAUGAGUGGAGCAGCACAACUUCGAGUUCGAGAGGGAGUGGAAGUCACUGCAAACCUGAAGGCCAGGAAGAAGCUUUAAGAACACACAGCUCAGAACAGACAACACCAGAAAAUGAAGAAACAAGUAAGAUACGUAGUUUUUCCUGUAAUGGAGUCUGUAAAGAAUUGCAUGAGGAAGUCACAAGUGCUGAAGAGUUGAAAGCUAUAGAUGAAGCUGUAGAGAGAACAAAAACAGCUGUGUCAGAUAAGGGUAUAUCUGAGCAUCCUGGAACCAGCACAGAAGGAGAAAGUGAUCCCAAUCUUGACAGCAUCUGUAGGAACCCAGAGGAAGGACCUUCAGGUGAAAAAAGCAAAGAGCAAGAGAGUUCAAGUCAACAAAGUACAGAGUCCACUGCCAACCCAGUUAAUACAAACCAUGAACGUCAACCGCAGCCAGACUCCUCAGGGCUUGCAAGUCAUGAAGAAUCAUCCACCAGAAGCACUGCUUUCCAAGAAACUGAUGAUAGUGAUGAUGACCCUGUCCUGAUACCUGGUGCAAGGUAUCGAGGAGGACCAGGACAUAGAUUUAAUAUCAGAGGAACAGCAAUAGGUGAUAGAAUAAUGAGACGAUCUGCUGUUGCUCGCAUUCAGGAACUCUUCAGAAGAAGAAAAGAAAGGAAAGAGAUGGAAGAAUUGGAAACCCUGAAUAUUAGACGACCUUUAAUAAAGAUGGUGUAUAAGGGACAUCGGAACUCCAGGACAAUGAUAAAGGAAGCCAAUUUCUGGGGUUCUAACUUUGUAAUGAGCGGUUCAGAUUGUGGCCAUAUUUUCAUCUGGGAUCGGCAUACUGCUGAGCAUCUGAUGCUGCUGGAAGCUGAUAAUCACGUGGUGAAUUGUCUACAGCCACAUCCAUUUGACCCAAUUCUUGCCUCGUCAGGUAUUGAUUACGAUAUAAAAAUCUGGUCACCGCUAGAAGAGUCCAGGAUUUUUAACCGAAAACUUGCUGAUGAAGUUAUAACUCGUAAUGAAUUAAUGCUGGAAGAGACCAGAAACACAAUUACUGUUCCAGCUUCUUUCAUGUUACGAAUGCUGGCAUCGUUGAAUCAUAUAAGAGCAGACCGGUUGGAGGGUGACAGGUCAGAAGGGUCUGGUCAAGAAAAUGAAAAUGAAGAUGAAGAGUAAUUGGCUCUUCUGUGCGAGCACCUAGACGUUACGGAAUUUAUAUAAGACAUUAAUUAUAUUUUUCCUUACAGAGCUUUAGUGCAAUUUUAAGGUUUUGCUUUUGGAUAACCCAACAUUUUGUUUCUGAACGACUGUGUGCAUGACUUUGGGAGAGUGUGCAAGUAAAAUAAGCAAAAAUGUUUUUAAAACGUUUUGCCAUGUCUGAGGGGUGCUAGAAGAUGCAAAGUGCAAUAUUUUCCUUAACCUGCAAACGUGGGAGCUUGGAUCAAUGUUUAAAAAUAACUUUCAUUAGAGCAAAAACAUUGGUUCAGAUAAAUUUCUAUACCUGCUAUUUGCAUGUUUGUUGCUUUCUAAUUAAAAGAUUUGGUUGUUUUAAA